CACGGGGGAGCAAUCCGCUCCCCCAACAGCUACGCCACGCCAUACCACGCCGAACGGAAGUGCGAACGGAUCUACAUCGAGCUCGAAUCGAAAGAACAGAGCCAUGUCCAUGAGGAGCCUUCAUCGACGCGUCUCGCACCCUUGCCAUGGAAUUGAGAACCAACAUGCCGCGAAACACGAAAAGCGCCCGUCACAGAAGCUCGAAACCUCCUGGCCAUUUUCCUUGGAGGGCGAGGGUGGCGGAGGUGGCGGCCGUUCUGUGACGAACGCUGGGGGGGGUGGAGGAGGAGGAGGUGGCGGUCGAAGGGCACCAAGUUUACGUUUGGUGAACGGAAGGGCAACUACAGGGGUCAGUUUGCACACCAGCAGCACAGAAUCCGUUCGUUCACCCCAUCACCACCUCGGCCAGCAGCAGGCCGGCAACAACAAUAACAAUAACAACAACAACAACAACAGCAACCAUAAUAAUAAUAAUAACAACAAUAAUAACUGCCACGCCGGUAAUAACCCCGCCGCGAACAAUCAUCCACGGCUUAACAAAGAUGACAGCAUCAAGAUCAGCAUCGAGAACACGAACACUUGCACGGACAGCCUCGUCACUGCUCUAGACGACGAGACAUUGCUCAUCACCGAUUUCGUAGCCGAUCAAGGCAACGAGAUGAAUUACAAGGGCAGCGGGAAGGUCCACUUCGGAGUGGACGAUGUGUCCCUUUAUGGGACGCCGAAGGAGGAGCCGGGCCCGGGUCUCCCGGGCCAGGAGGUUAAGCAGAGCUUCUUGAAGAACCAGCUUCAGGCCCUGUUCCAACCAACGGACAACAAGCUGGCCAUGAAGCUGUUCGGCAGCAAGAAGGCUCUGAUGAAGGAACGGAUCAGACAGAAGGCUGCAGGUCACUGGGUCAUCCAUCCUUGCUCCAGUUUUCGAUUCUACUGGGACCUCUGUAUGCUCCUCCUGCUGGUAGCAAAUCUGAUAAUUCUGCCAGUCGCCAUUAGUUUUUUCAAUGACGACCUAAGCACUAGGUGGAUAGCCUUCAACUGCCUUUCCGACACGAUAUUCCUCAUAGACAUUGUCGUCAACUUCAGGACAGGUAUAAUGCAGCAGGAUAACGCCGAGCAAGUGAUCCUGGACCCGAAGUUAAUCGCGAAACACUACCUCAGGACUUGGUUCUUUCUCGACCUCAUUUCCUCCAUACCACUAGACUACAUUUUCCUCAUAUUUAAUCAAUUUCAGGACUUUAGCGAGUCCUUCCAGAUCCUGCAUGCUGGCCGUGCUCUAAGGAUCCUCAGGCUUGCGAAACUGUUGUCGCUCGUUAGGUUACUACGGUUGUCAAGACUGGUGCGGUAUGUCUCGCAAUGGGAAGAGGUCUAUAUAUUGCAGAACCUACAAAAAAAACGCACUGAGCGGAGGGGGCGCCUAAGUUCUGACAAUAUGAGUAAAAAGAAGUCCGGUUUCAGCAAAAGCGACCUUAUUUUUAAGUUCCUGAAUAUGGCGUCGGUGUUCAUGCGGAUUUUUAACCUGAUCUGCAUGAUGCUCCUAAUCGGCCACUGGAGUGGUUGCCUGCAAUUCCUGGUCCCUAUGCUCCAAGGAUUUCCUAGUAACUCCUGGGUCGCCAUCAAUGAAUUACAAGACUCAUUUUGGCUGGAACAAUACUCAUGGGCUCUUUUCAAAGCCAUGUCGCACAUGCUCUGCAUAGGAUACGGAAGGUUUCCACCGCAGUCCUUGACCGACAUGUGGCUAACUAUGUUAAGCAUGAUCAGCGGUGCUACCUGUUAUGCACUUUUCCUUGGACACGCCACGAAUCUCAUUCAAUCUCUCGAUUCCUCGAGAAGACAAUACCGCGAGAAGGUGAAACAAGUGGAGGAAUACAUGGCCUACCGGAAAUUACCGCGAGAGAUGAGACAGAGGAUCACGGAGUACUUCGAGCACCGUUACCAAGGCAAAUUCUUCGACGAAGAACUGAUUCUUGGAGAGCUCUCGGAGAAACUAAGAGAGGACGUGAUCAACUACAACUGCAGAUCGUUAGUCGCGUCCGUACCCUUCUUUGCUAACGCCGACUCGAACUUUGUCUCUGAUGUUGUUACCAAACUGAGAUACGAAGUCUUCCAGCCAGGUGACAUCAUCAUCAAGGAAGGUACGAUCGGUUCGAAAAUGUACUUCAUACAAGAAGGCAUAGUCGACAUCGUGAUGGCGAACGGAGAGGUGGCAACCUCGCUGUCGGACGGCUCCUAUUUCGGCGAGAUUUGCUUGCUGACGAACGCCAGGAGGGUGGCGUCCGUUCGUGCCGAAACCUACUGCAAUCUCUUCAGCCUCUCGGUGGAUCACUUCAACGCCGUGUUGGACCAGUAUCCACUAAUGCGCAGAACGAUGGAAAGCGUUGCCGCCGAGAGGUAUAAGCUUUGGUUGAACAAAAUCGGGAAGAAUCCAAAUCUGGUGGCUCACCGUGAAGAGGAUCUUGGCAGCGAGUCGAAAACGAUAAAUGCCGUAGUGAAUGCGCUCGCCGAGCAAGCUGCACAUGCUAGUGCUAGUGAAGAAUCGGUGCACAGCAUGGAGCUAAGGACCUUGCCAGCUUGCCUGUUACCCAGACCAAAGUCUGAGAACAACUUCGCGAGCCAGGAGCUGUCGAGAGAGGGACGAAGGAUCUUCCACAAGAGCGACACUUUCCACAAGGACUCGUAUCAAUGACGACACUCGUUAUACUAGCAUACAGAGAGAUACUAACGGCUCCAAUGGACGACAGUGUCAGCAGCUGUCGAAGAAGGAUCACCGGUGGCCGUUUUAAGCCUAGAUCCUGGACGCUAUACUAGAAGCAGUCUAUACAUAGAUAUACGCCAUGCCAGUAGUCUUCUAGCGAUCGGUUUUUAGCGCCUUCUUAUAUUAACCUGACGGCACCUGUUCGCUCCAGGAUCUAAGCGUAAAACCGUGCGGACCAACAAAUAUCCAGCGUUCUCCAACGUUGACACAGAUCGGAAGUCUCUCAUUGAUUUUUCCCUUCUUGAGAUUUUUAUUUUCUCAACGUCAACAGCAAUAAACGAGAAGGAACUGUAGGGCUCAGGAUCGGUAUCUUCAGGGUCCGCGAUCAGGGACCGAACACGGGUUUGAAUUCGAAAAGAAGAACAAGAAGAACUGUGUCAUCAGUUGGAGAACAUGGAGCCGUUUCCUGCCCGCGAGCUUCUUCAUCUUCACGAAGCGGAAAUGCAACGCGAUGAACGAUGAAGACCUCAACGACGACGAAGAGCAGGCCUAGAAAUUUAUAGAACAUACGUAGCCCAUCGUGGACUAGGUAGAGAUCCUAAAACGACAGUGUUUAAACGAUGCGUAAUUUCUCUGUGAUUUUGCAAAGCCGACGUUUCGCACUUUAGGGAGACAAUGAAGAAUAUUAAGGGAGGGGGAUGUUAUGAUCUGUACGAACGACUAGGAUUCUAUUUUGUUUUUCUAAGGACAAUUAACGAUAUAGAAGAGAACGUACUCGAGAGGUUAUAAGUAUGUUUGUUAACGUGUUUUAACUGUAGCUUCGAGUGAACGAAGAGGAACAAAAAUGGCGAUUGGACGGAAGAAGAUGCCAACGAAAUGGCGGAAGGAAAUUGUAGAACCUUGAAGAAUUUAUCUCCGUUAUCUUAAUUUCGAGAUCAAAAUGAAUCCGGUUCGAAACGGCUGAAACACGAGUUCUAUUAAACAUUUCAUAAUUGGAAUUUAGGAAGACCGUCCUGAAAAUAAUAACGAAGAAAAAGAUUCGACGCGAGAGGAGAGCCGGAUGAGGGUGCGAAGGAUACGGGGUUUAGGUCGUUCUACAAACGGGAAUUAAUAAUUAUUAAAGAAAUAAUAAUAAUCGAACCGCCCAAAGACCGUGUUAACUUGUUGAGUGAUCUUUGGGCUGUCGUAACUAAGAAAGAAAGGGAGAAGAGAUGGAUAAAUAAUUAAUUAAACACGUCAAUGAAGAGAUGUAUCUUUUUAUUCCGAUGGUGAAAAGACGCGAUGUACUAUAAGAAAAGCAGUGAAAAGGAAAUGAGGCGGAUUAAAGAGGAAGCUAUAAAUAUUAUGUAAUAAAUUAUUAUUAUUAUUAUUGUUACCGAUUA